CCAGCCCCGCGGGCGGCGGCGGGCGAGCGGGCGCUGGAGUAGGAGCUGGGGAGCGGCGCGGCCGGGGAAGGAAGCCAGGGCGAGGCGAGGAGGUGGCGGGAGGAGGAGACAGCAGGGACAGGUGUCAGAUAAAGGAGUGCUCUCCUCCGCUGCCGAGGCAUCAUGGCCGCUAAGUCAGACGGGAGGCUGAAGAUGAAGAAGAGCAGCGACGUGGCGUUCACCCCGCUGCAGAACUCGGACAAUUCGGGCUCUGUGCAAGGACUGGCUCCAGGCUUGCCGUCGGGGUCCGGAGCCGAGGACACGGAGGCGGCCGGAGGCGGCUGCUGCCCGGACGGCGGUGGCUGCUCGCGCUGCUGCUGCUGCUGCGCGGGGAGCGGCGGCUCGGCGGGCUCGGGCGGCUCGGGCGGCGGCGGCCGGGGCAGCGGGGCGGGCUCUGCGGCGCUGUGCCUGCGCCUGGGCAGGGAGCAGCGGCGUUACUCGCUGUGGGACUGCCUCUGGAUCCUGGCCGCCGUGGCCGUGUACUUCGCGGAUGUGGGAACGGACAUCUGGCUCGCGGUGGACUACUACCUGCGUGGCCAGCGCUGGUGGUUUGGGCUCACCCUCUUCUUCGUGGUGCUGGGCUCCCUUUCUGUGCAAGUGUUCAGCUUCCGCUGGUUUGUGCAUGAUUUCAGCACCGAGGACAGCUCCACGACCACCACCUCCAGCUGCCAGCAGCCUGGAGCAGAUUGCAAGACGGUGGUCAGCAGUGGGUCUGCAGCCGGGGAAGGCGAGGUUCGUCCUUCCACGCCGCAGAGGCAAGCAUCCAACGCCAGCAAGAGCAACAUCGCCGCCACCAACAGCGGCAGCAACAGCAACGGGGCCACCCGGACCAGCGGCAAACACAGGUCUGCGUCCUGCUCCUUUUGCAUCUGGCUCCUGCAGUCACUCAUCCACAUCUUGCAGCUUGGGCAAAUCUGGAGGUAUUUGCACACAAUAUACUUAGGUAUCCGGAGCCGGCAGAGUGGGGAGAGCGGCAGGUGGCGGUUUUACUGGAAGAUGGUGUACGAGUAUGCAGAUGUGAGCAUGCUGCAUCUGCUAGCCACUUUUCUGGAAAGUGCUCCACAAUUGGUCCUGCAGCUCUGCAUUAUUGUACAGACUCACAGCUUACAGGCCCUCCAAGGUUUCACAGCAGCAGCCUCCCUUGUGUCCUUGGCUUGGGCCCUAGCCUCCUACCAGAAGGCUCUUCGGGACUCCCGAGAUGACAAAAAGCCCAUCAGCUACAUGGCUGUCAUCAUUCAGUUCUGCUGGCAUUUCUUCACCAUCGCUGCCAGGGUCAUCACAUUCGCCCUCUUUGCCUCGGUUUUCCAGCUGUAUUUUGGGAUAUUUAUUGUCCUCCAUUGGUGCAUCAUGACUUUCUGGAUUGUCCACUGUGAGACAGAAUUCUGUAUCACCAAAUGGGAAGAGAUUGUGUUUGACAUGGUGGUGGGCAUCAUCUACAUCUUCAGUUGGUUCAAUGUCAAGGAAGGCAGGACACGCUGCAGGCUGUUCAUUUACUAUUUUGUAAUCCUUUUGGAAAAUACAGCCUUGAGUGCACUCUGGUACCUCUACAAAGCUCCCCAGAUUGCAGAUGCAUUUGCCAUCCCUGCAUUGUGCGUGGUUUUCAGCAGCUUUUUAACAGGUGUUGUUUUUAUGCUGAUGUACUAUGCCUUCUUUCAUCCCAAUGGGCCCAGAUUUGGGCAAUCACCAAGUUGUGCUUGUGAUGAUCCAGCCACUGCCUUCUCUCUGCCUCCAGAAGUAGCCACAAGCACACUACGGUCCAUCUCCAACAACCGCAGUGUUGCCAGUGACCGUGAUCAGAAAUUUGCAGAGCGGGAUGGAUGUGUACCUGUGUUUCAAGUGAGACCAACUGCACCACCCACCCCAUCAUCUCGACCACCACGGAUUGAAGAAUCAGUCAUUAAAAUUGACCUGUUCAGGAAUAGAUAUCCAGCAUGGGAGAGACAUGUGUUAGAUCGAAGCCUGAGAAAGGCCAUUUUAGCCUUUGAAUGUUCCCCAUCUCCUCCAAGGCUGCAGUACAAGGAUGAUGCCCUUAUUCAGGAGAGGCUGGAAUAUGAAACCACUUUAUAAAAUACAAGGAGCCGCAAUGUCCACAUGAAGGGGUAACAGCAGGGCUGUGGCAAUAAUGACACCUUAUCCAAGAGUAGGGCAGCGAGCUGUAUGUUCUUAGUUGUGGUAUGGUUUGAUCUUCCAUCAGCUGACUGCCUGCUGCUGGUGUCUAUUCAAGCCAGCAGUGCUGAGAGUCUCUUACACUGUCAGCUUAAUAUGACUGUUGCUACAAACUCCUCCAGCAGAGAUUUGGGGCACAUUCACUGGAGGAUAACAUUAUUGUGAAAAAUGUUGCCUCUAAUCAUUAGGGUAUUUUGAUGGGUUUUACUAAGUUUUGCAUAAAUAUAUUCACACACCACCAUACCACCCCUCAAUCAAAGGAGUUAAGGUGGGGAUGGAGAGAUGACUCAUUAGUUAAGAGCACUGACUGCUCUUGCAAAGGACCCAGGCUUGAGUAGUUCACUGCAACUCUAAUUCCAGAAGAUCUAAUGUCCAUUUUUGGCCUCCUCAAGCACUGCACACACAUGGUGCAUAGACAUAUAUGCAGGCAAAAUACCCAUACACAUAGCAUAAAAAUAAAUCUCAAAGAAAAAAAGCUUAGGUGAUUUCCUUGAUGCAAAGCUCACAACAUACUCCAGGAAGAAAGCAGCAUACUUGGGACAAUUAUAUAAACUGUUCUCUCCUUUGCAAACCAGUAGCAUCAAUGAAGUGGACAGCAAGACUCAAGUGUUUACACUCGUACUAACUAGCUUUGAUGGGAUGAUUCUUUUUCUACAUAUUUCAGGAUUUGUUUUUACUUUUAGGUUUUGCAGAUGAGAACAUUCUUCAUGACAGAAAUCCUAUGCAGCACUUAUAUGGCUUUUGAUGAGACCAAGGAGCUCAAUAUCUGUAAUGUAAAUUAAAUGCUAAUCAUAAUUCAGUAUUCAGUUGCAAAAAUACAAUAUAUAAAAAGAGUCUUUGGGGAAGGGACAGAGUGAGAUUCAGAUUCUCAGGUGUGUGCAUCUUAUAUUGGAAUGCACCCACAGAGCCACAGGAGAGGAACAGGGACUAUUUCAAGGUCUGUGUUCAUGUCUGUUUCCAGAACUGUUUCCAGGUGCAGAAUGACAUGGGUCAGCAGGUAUGAUUCCGGAAACCACGUGCCACAUCUUUCGAGUGCCAAAUUUUGUCCAAUUACAGAACUGAUAUGGAAUCCCCAAAAUCUGAGAAUAAGUGGUUUCCCAAAACAGACAAAAGAAGAAUAAUCAGGUUCCCUGCUGUGUACAGACUUACCCUCUUCCCAUCCAAGGUCAAAAUGAUGUGUCUACUAGAGACUUUGGGACACAAUUUAGCAAGUGAGAGCAUACAGAUGCAAUGUGUAUGCCAUUAAAAAUACUGCCUGGACUGCUUGAGGGCUUACCACUCCAUCAGCUAAGAUUUGUAUUUGAAUCAUCUGUAAAUUCGUGCUCUUACAAGCUUCUGAGUUUUAAAUACCUCCACACAGCAAGUAAACAUUCCCGCUUUCUGUUUUCGGUGUCCUUGGUCAUGGUGCUUUUUGUUGCAUUAAAAGUGCCGGUCAAACUUUGAUAGUAUUUUUUUAUAGUUGGUGCAGAGUGGAAUAACUCAUGGAUUAUUUCAAUAUUUUUGUAAUAAAAAUAUAGGGUGUACAUAUAGGCAUCAUUGCUUUUUUUAUAGACUUGGAAUUAUUUAAAAUAUGUUAAAUGUCAUAUUCACUUGGGAUGUCAGAAUCCAGUCUACAAAUCCAUCAGCCUGCCUCACCAGAUGGAAAACACUUGUCUCUGGCAAGAUCACCUUACAUUUAGCAAUUUGAUGGCCCUGAGAAUCUGAGCAGGGGUGCUAUCAGAGUAUCAAGUGAAGAGGGAAGUAGCCUAACUAGAUAAGGGCUUGUGAAGACUGGCCAAUGUCUCCCAGGAAAUCAAAUAUGUGAUUUCUUUCAUCCAUCCAUUAGAACAACCUGACCACAGUGGAAGAUGUCUUAAACUUCCUUGCCUGGUUUUAUACUAUCCCAGCUGAUAUAUUAAAGAUUAGACAAGUCAUUUUAAAAAGAUGGAAGAAAGUCAGUUUCAUUUAAGUAUUCAUUUAAAAUAGUUAAGAUCUAGAGCCACCACCUGAAAUGGACAUGAUAUCCAAAGAUUGUGGUCCCCAAAGUAACAUCUGCAGGAAGUGACAGAGGGCUCAACCUGGGACUUUUUGGUACAAAGCCCCAAAACAAUUUUUAAAGACAGACAAUUUUUAUCAGACAUAUUUCAUAAUAUUCAAAGAUUUGACCCUUCAAGCAAGAUUUCCACUACAAUACUCUGAUCUUUUGUUGAAAUGAAAAAAAAUAUUACCUUGCCACAGUAAAGCUCCAAGAAGACACUUGGCUUCUAGCAAAUGGUGAACACAUUCCAUUCCAGUGCUGAAGAGAAUCACAAUAAUUUGGGCAGAUACUUUGCAGGUAUGCAGAACCAUGAGUUAUUAACUUCAUUAGUUCCAAGACAACUUUUAGCUGAUGAACUCUGAAGACUCACCCUCCCAGGUGGAACACAGCUUUGAUUCUGUGAACACAGUUCCAAUGUAAUAGUGUCCAGCCAAACAAUCCAACAGGAUCCUCCACUCUUCUUUCAUAAACAUUGGAACUUACCAAAUUUUACUGGAGAUGAAUUGCAGUUAAUUAAUCCAACAGACACUUCAAUCUUGCAAAUUCUUGACUUGUAAUUUUGCAAUCAAGCUACUAGAAGAGAACAUGAAUCAAUUAAUGGGAAAGGAGCAGUUGGUUCAGUGCAGUGCCCUGAUGUGCCCAGGCCUGAAGGACAGACCUCUGAGAAGCAGAGCUAAGAAAAUUUUGCUACCUGGUCCAUCAACGCGAAUGUCCAUGGUAUCCAUCUGCUUCCUUUAUUUUUUCCAUUAAGAACUACUUCUUAAAAGAUCAGCCAAUGGAUUCCUGGGAGUUUGUAUAGCUCAGAGAAAUGGGUAUGGGUAAAGGGACCUGCUUCAAGUGGAUUGUAACCCACAUGUUUGGAAAUGAAAAAAAGUCUCUGUCAUCUGUGAAUAACUGAUCUGUCUUGAUUACCUUUGCCCCUUUUAACUUGUUUUAUUGUCAGCAUUAUAAUAACCAAUGUGUGAAGCUUUCAUUUAUUAUAAUUCAGCUUCAGAGGUUAAAUAUGCGCAGGUGUAGUUAUAGAGAGAUUCAAUGCCUGCCUUCUUAUGUGAUAACACUACCAGCUCCAAACCAAUAUCCAUUUCUAUAAGGAAUCAACUAGCCUAUAGCUUCUCAGAUCACAUAAAAUCUUGGUUAAAGAUGACCAACCAAAUGGCCUUAAUGCCUACAUUUCCAUUUACAAGAAAACAGGACUGCUGAGAAUUUCUAAUCAUGAUUCCUUCCAUUUCUAUUUUUCAAAUAAAGGUGAAAAUGAAGUUGUCAGAAAUUCAGAUAGAGGUUCAGAGUAAGCAACAGUCAGAUAUGCGUGUGGUCUUGUUAAAUUUCUAUCCAAUUGUGUGACAUGGGCUUUAGAGUUUAGAUUUAGAUAAGAGGGUAAAAGUCAUCAAAUGUAUCCAUUAUGCACUCCAGGAAAAAAAAUGGUGUAGGGACCAUUUUGUUCCCUAUAUAAGCAUCUUGGUGGCUCUAUCAAAGAUUUUUCUGGAGCUUUUGAGUGGCAUUCAUGGUCAUCAGCUAUCAUGUCCAGGCAAGUCAUUCCUUAGAAUUGUGUCUGUGUAUAAUCACUAAAAUUGAAUGAUAGAAAGGCAGCCUCCUACCAUGUGACUUACUCUCACAUGCCAGGAAACCAGAACUAGCAAGUUUAAGGAAAUGCUCAGGAACCUAGUGUAGGAGUUGGUUAACUGUAUAAGUUGGUUAACUGUAGAGACAUAGGGGUACAACAGUCUUCUCUAUCAAGGCUCAGAAAUAACUGUGUCCAUAAGAGUAAUGAGUACCAGGACAGAAGAUCUGUACUAGCAUAUAGGCCCAAGAAAACCUCUCCAUCACUUGUCAGGAACAUUUGCCUUUUUAACAAACUAGACACGUAAAUUAAUCUCUGCCACUCCAUAAUUAUGGUACUUCACAUGUCUUCUUAUGAAAGGGCAAGGCCUGGCUACCAUGGAAAGAAGGAGGUCACGUAGGAAGCUUCAUGUCAAGACUGGCUCUUUCCAAGAAAAACUUCCCUCUGAUAGUUCUUCUCAAUUAGUGGCCCCUGUAGUGUUCUGUAUAUCAAUACCUUCCAAUGGAUUAUAAGUCACACUUGCUAGUUAAACACAGAUUAUUUAAUUAUUUCUCUUUUACUUACAAUGAGAUUCAGGGUUACCAUGGCCUUACUCUUCAUCCCACUGUAAAUAGGUCAUAGCAUCACAACAGCCCCAUGUUCAAAUGUACUUCACCCAGCUGAACUCUUUCUUGCAAAACAGUUUGAAUCUUGAUUCUACCCAUCAAUCACCUUAACAGUACACCUAUUCCCAGACUCAUAAUUCCUGUGAGAAUAAUUUUCAGGACAAUGAAAUAAACUAAAAGGACAGUUAUACAAUUUCUCCAGCUAGACAAAAACCAUUAGACGGUUGAUCACCCCAAAGUUCUGACUUUUCCUCAUGACUGAGUUUCUUUUCAUUUGCCGGCUUCCAACAUUUGAAUUUUCCAGAUGACUGCUGAACCACUUUCACCAACCAAAGUAAAUAGUGCAGCACUAUUAAAAAGUGAAGACUGUCCACAUAAAUGCAAAUAUCCCUAUGAAAAUUCAAGAAGUUGGUCAUACAAGCAGCACAUAUGGUUUUGGGAUAGCACACAUCUGGAAUCGCUGGAAGAGUCUAGAUGUUUGAAGCAUAUACUUUUCCAUCUUCUUGUCUGAUGUAUAGAUGGACAAGCUGCUUGGAUGUUGCAGGAGGAACUUAGUUUUCUUGUGCAGUCAUUUUUUGCUGGCAACAUUCUGCUGCUAAGAGUCUCUUUGUUGUACAAAGAGAAAUACAUCACAUAGAGCAACUGCAACCUAUUUUUAUUUACUUUCUAAAAAUACAUGACUGGAGGAGGAUGUUUGGCUGUGCUUCAGAUGUUCUAUCCAUGAAUGCCUGGGGACCUUAUACAAUGUGAUGGUUCUUCGAGGCCUUCCACUGCCUCUUCUGGGGAAGAAAUCUUCUUUUAGCCUUUUGCUAUGUUUCAUAAUUUUAUCAUUGAUAUUCUGCUGUUCAUAAAUCUUAAACAUUUAUAAAGUAUACUUUACAUAAUGGUUUAAAGGAAAUAUAAAAUCUUUAACUUUUUAUUGUUCAAAUACAAUAUUUCAUUUGAAGUCUCCCCUGUAAUAUUGUAAAGCUAAAGUUGUUUAAAUUGUUUGAUCUAAAUACUUUGUGGUGAAUUUUAUGGCUGCAGAUUGAGGAAAAAGACAACUUUGCCCAAAUCAAACACAUUAUCUAACUUUUGGGAUUUGGUUUACAGACAUCAUUCCAGUUAAUAACUGCUUGCUGGUUACCAUGAAUAUUGUAAUGUUGGUUAUUUUCCCAGUUAAUCUUUAACACAUUUCUCCAUGUGGAAAAAAGUCUACCAUGAAAGAAAUUCACCUUUCAAAAGGAGGGCUGAGGAUAUUCACUCUGCCCCAAAUGUGUUUCUUCCUGGUAAUCUUGGGCAGUUGAUCUUACUAUUUCUGGUCUGCUGGCUGGCAAAGAUGUUGAUCUACUCAAAUAGAGUGCCUGGCUCAUCUGUCAAAUGAUCUGACAUUUGGCAGAAAAACACACAAAUUGUGUGACCAAUUCCCCCAAAAGGGCACUUUAGCUGUACAACUUGCUCUGAGGCACUUACUGUAGAGAUCUUGGAGAGGCAUUUGGCUAUGCAAACCUUUUGAGGGAUUUCUAAACACAGUGCAAACACUCCCAAGUCCCUAUGUAGUAUUGUGAUCAUGUACAAUUCUACAUUCAGAGCCAAGAAUAACAUAAUGUGGCAGAUGUUGAAAUUCAUUCUUGAGUCUCUCCUUUCCCUGUACACCAAAGCCUCAUCACUAAGCUGUGUUUGUCUACCUGGUACGUUAACUAUUUUGGACACUACCCAGAACACAGACUGUGGCCACAAACCAGGUACUUAUGAUGCUUCAAAAGCAGCUGACAUGUACACUGAAGGUUUUGUUUUUGUUUUACUUUUUCCUAGAGAUCAUCAAUCUGUGCAUCUGUGUGUUAUUGAGAGAAUGUCUAGCUAAUAUUAAAACAGAAAGGCUAACAGCAAUCAUACCCAGAAAAAGAGCUGUUUCUUCUAUUAUCUCUGAUUCUGGGUUGACUGAUAUGAAAUGUAUAGAAAUAAUAGAAAACAGAAAUCUCUGUAUUGAAUAUUAUGAUUGUUUUAAACGUGUUUAAAGAUAUUCUAUAAAACAAUAUUCCCUUCAGUAUGGAAUAUAUUCCAUCCAGGUAUAGUGACAAGAGGGUAUGUGGUUCAAUGAUAGCAACAAAGAAGCAAGGAAUCUGUACACACCUGGGUCCCCAUCCCUACUCUAUCUCUAUACCUCAAAACUUACUUUGCCUCAUUUUUUCCCCCAUAUAAAAGAGUGAGGAUAUUUCUUCACCUACCUCACAGUGUGUUAUAAGGAAUGUGAAAGCUGGUAAAGCACUUGGGUUAGAGACCGCCAGGCCUCUCACUAAAUUGCAGGAACAUGGAGAACCGUGUGCAUCACAGGAAGAAGAAGGGCGGAUGCCACCAUUGUCUGAAAAGCAGCAACUAUGCCAGUGAAAACUUUCCAUUAAAAGUCUAGGCAGAAAUUAUAAACUUUAUAAUGAGAACAAUUAAUCCCUCAUAUGGACACCAAGUGUUUCCAUAGAUGGACCAUUUUCUACUUAAAUACACUGAACUUUACUAAAUGUUUAUAAAUACAUCUAGACAACCUGGCCCUUUCUAAUCCCUAAGGACUUUGUAUGGCUGAUCUCAUUUUUCAGAGCCAUGUAGAGUCCCCAAUUCAGCCCUGGUGAGGCCAACUGAUCCUCUGCUGGACAAUAAGUAACAGGUAUUAUUAAGAUGAGAUUUGGAAUGGUUUAACUGGGUUUUUAUACCAUUUCUAACACAACAUCUUUGCAACAGAAGAAUGUGGAAUGGUGUUUCUGCUCAGAACUCUUGAGCUGAUUCAUCUCCAUAUUAUAAAUGUAUUUUAAAUGUUUCAGUGAAGUGCUUGUUCAAAGGCUUCAGCACCAUAUUGAAAUAUGGCUACUUGCAUAAAUAGGAUACACAGAUGUGAGCUCCACAAAGGCUUUAAAAUGUGGAGAGAUGGUAGGAAAAACAACCUCAGCGAAGAUCCUGUACAACUAUUUCAAAACAAUGUCUAUUUCCUUGCCUAAAUGACUAAACUAAGUAGGGUUAUAAACACUUGUAAUUUUUGAGUCAUAGAGUCAAUAUUAUAAAAUAAGAAUGCACCAUUGAACUGUGCUAACAGUAGGGGAAAUAUGUGAAUGAUGUGGCUCCAUUCAGUACUCUUAUUUAAUAACUAAAUUCAUUUACAAAAUAAAUUCCAUACUCUUCAAAUAUGAAAUACUUUCCAAAUUUUCCCUUGAGGAGUGAAUUAGAAAUUAAGUUGUGCUUGGAAUACUUACAGUAUUGACACCCAAUAUAAUCUCCUCUGAUUCUCUAAAAUUAAGUUGUCAAUGGACUCAAUCAAAGUUUUAAAUUUUCAAAUUGGCUAAACAUUUCUAAUUCACGACAUUAGACUUUCUGAAGCAUGACUGUAGCAUAGAAAAUUAUGUGACUCCUCAAAAAUAUCUACAGUGCUAGAAUAGAGUUUGUUAGGAUAGUCAGGUCAUGUAAGAACAGUAAGUGGGUAAAAGGUAAUUUGAAUAUUCCUGACUUUUUAUCUCCUUCUGAAACCAAUAUUUUUUCUACCCCAAAAUACAAAAGUAUAUCCUUUUUAUCAUAAAAAUAAACAUCGGUUUUGAUUCAGUUUUAUACAGAAAAACUGAAGUUGACUAUUUGGUCUAGUUUUGGGUGGGUUUGGUAUGACUAGCAGGAGGUGGUGGAGAGAACAUUCUAUAGAGAGAUUCUAUCACAAAGUGAAAGAUAAAAUCUAAAUAGGUUAGAGAGAGCUGAACAGCUCCUCCACAUAAUGGCUUAGAAUUCUCAAUGGAAGAGAAUGGUACAGGUACCAACAACAUGCCAUAUGCAUAGAGCAGCACAGAGCAACAUAAUAUUGCUGGGGGGAAAAAGAGUUGAGUCUCUUUUCAGUGGUUUCUAUUCCACGUGGAAUCCUCUAGAGCCCUCCAUGAAAAUAAAAGUGUAUUAGAAAAACCUAGCUUUUAGCAUAUGUGAUUAUUUAGAAAUGAGCCCAUCAUUCUGUAAGCAUCAUAUAUGUGAUUAUUUGUAAAUACAACUGCCAAUUUUAUGGUUACAGCCAACUAACAUUCUUUUCAUAGGCAAAUGAAAGACACAGACACAAAGAGAAAAAUCUUCUACUUCCUAAAAGAACUAUUUCCCAGCUUAUUUAUGUCAACCAUAUUACUGAUAUAUUACCUUCACAAAACCGUUUUCAUGAACCUGAUGUCCAACAGUUCAUUUAGGCCCCACUUAAAGCCAUUGUCUGAUCAAUGGGGCGCAGUGGAGAAUAGCAUAGUUAGCCUUAAUGAGAAUCUUGCUUCUACUUAAAAAAAUAAAAAUAAAAUAAAAAUAAAAAAACAACUCUUGCUUUUCUUCUCUGUAGCCAGAUGGCUCAGUAACCUCAAGAAUAAAUGCAGAGGGACAGGUAUGAAGAUGGCUUCCUAUUCUCAGUAAGGAGAGACUUUCUAUUCUCAGUAAGAGAACCAGAGAUGACUAUCUUCUUUGAAGCCAAACAGUACUCUGGAUUUAAAGCUAAGACAAAUAUGCUGUUAAAAAUGAGAGAAUAAUAUCCCUCCCUUUUGUUCUUUAUCACUUUCCCUCAAUCUUUCAUAACUAGGGUUGGAAUUUCUAAUAAUGAUAAAUAAUGUCAUUUUUUAUAAUGGCUUCAAUACAUACACCUUGUAAAAGUCUUCUCUAUCUAUAGAUGAGAAGCCUGGAAAGCAGACUUUCUUUAUAUUUGCUUCCAAGCAAGUGCUUGGGAAACCACUAGUCAUGUUGACACUGGCUGAACUAAUGGCAUCCAAAAGAACAAAUGUUUUUCUGGGUAUGAAACCAUCAUACUUGGUGAGCCUGCUUCCAGAUGGCAAGAGUCUGGGCUCCUUACAUUGGUUCUCCAUUCUCUCAUUAUUUUAAGUUGUGUAAGUUUCACAUUUAACUACCUCAGCUACUGUUGUUUGGUUUCAAAAUACAAAACCAUACACUUCACAAUUAACAAAUUAUUCCACUGCAAAUUCCAAAUGGUUAUUUUGUGCAAAACAAUUUUCAAAAAAAAUUAAAACAACACAAGCAACCCAACUCACACCAGACUUGCUUUAUUUGAAUUUUUUAAAGCAUGGUUUGGGAUUUAAAAAGAAAGUCACAUCCUCCUGGCACAAAGAGACUGUACAUAUUUGCUUAAUUUGCCUUAAAUAUUUUGUGCUUUUCUCCUUCCUCUUUCCAAUGUUUGUAUUUUAAAUUUAUCUCUGAGCAAAAGAGGAGUAAUAGCUGGUAGAUGAAGACAAACCAGAAGAGAACAGACCACUAGGUUCUCAGCUCCCUAACUUCAACUGUACAUAGUAUUCUGAUGCAUAGUCGGUGACAUUCUUGAGUUUCUCUCUCCAUUUCAGAAAUAAGGUGUGUGCAGGCAACGUGAAGAUAUAUCACCCGGACAUCACGGUGCCUGGCCUCGGAUGCAAACCUGCCAGUCCUGUCUCUUACUUUGUAAACAUUGUACAAAUGUAUUUGGAAUUUUAUUUGAAACAAAAAUUUAAAUGAGUUAUUAAAUUCUUUGAUGUAAAUAUAUAUAGAGAUAUAUAGAUAUACAUAUUCCAACCCCACAUAACCAGACCUUCCUUUAGAAUUCAACUUGUAAGUGUGUCUUUCUUGGUUGGAGGCUGCUGCCCUGGGCAGUGACUCCAAGUGCUCUAGCUCAAAGCACAGUGUGUGGAGUAUUUGCUAUACUGCAGUACCAUAGUUUUUUUGGUCAGUUAAGUAAGUUACAAUUUGUGAUGAAAUGAAGUGGAAAGUAGUACUUCAUAAUGAAUAAUUUUCCUCGGUUAUCUGAUUUUUUUUCUUGUAAAACUUUAAAAGAAAGAAAACUUGAAAUUUUAUAUAUUUGAAUUUUGUAGAUUUUUUUUUUAUUUUAUUGCAACACAAAGUACAAAAAUCAUUAAAUAAAGUACACUGUGGUCAUUUUAA